CUCACAUGGCAACUCAUUACUCCCCUAAGCGUCUCCAGGCAGAUAAUGCUGGUGUUGCUACUGCAACUUCUCCGGACGGACGGCGUGUUAAGAUUCCUAAUUUGACACUUUCUCAGCUGAGACAAGAGUUAGCGUCAAUAGGAGAGAAUCCGGGACCUAUCAACAGUUCCAACCGGGAAUUGUAUGAGAGUCUGCUGACACGAAAAUGGAGUACUUUGUCACGUGAGUCGCAACCGGAAGUGACGUCGCCGCCACCGAAAAAGAAAGCUCGCACGUCAACAAAAGGGGCACAGAUGAAACAAAUUAAAGUGAAAGGAGUAGUGCCGGCUACAUUUACGCCGUUUUCUGAUAGUGGAAACUUGAAUCUACCGGUCAUUGACUUGUACGUGGAUCAUCUGUUGAAGAGUGGCAUUAACACAGUGUUUGUAAACGGAAAAACUGGCGAAGGCUUGACAAUGACUAUAAGUGAGCGUAAAGCCGUCACAGAGAAAUGGAUCCAAGCUGUUGCUGGAAGGAUGACGGUUAUUGUACACGUUGGUGCAGUGUGCUUGAGAGAUGCUAAAGAAUUAGCUUCUCACUCUGAGACAAUCGGAGCUAAUGCUAUAGCUACCAUACCACCUGUCUUUCAUAAGCCAGCGACUAUCAAAAGUUUAGUACAAUGUUUCAAAGAAAUCUCAAGCAGCGCUCCGCGCUUGCCUCUCUUUUUCUACAAUAAUCCUGAAGCAACUGGCGUUGACUUUAACACAGAGGAGGUGCUGAAAGCUGCACAUACUAAAGUUCCCAAUCUGUGUGGUGUGAAGUUCACAUCGUUUGAUUUGACUGAUUUCUCACGAUGUCUACAGUUACAUGAUGGAUCAUACCAGAUGUUGUAUGGUAGAGAUGAGCAACUUUUGGGUGCUCUGGCUCAUGGAGCAACAGCUUGUGUUGGAACCACAUACAACUUUGCUGGGAAGCUGAACAAUCGACUGAUAGCUGCUUAUGAGAGAGGAGACAUGGCAACAGCACAGAAAGAACAAUAUCGUUCUCAAGCUGCUAUCCUCGUAUACAGAAAGUAUGCAGACUUGGUCGGACCUGCUGCUUCUGGUAAAGCAAUUAUGCAGCUGAUUGGGUUGAAUGUGGGGCCACCACGUCUGCCUGAAGUUGCUCUCUCUGCACCUCAAGUGAAAGAGAUGCAAAAGGAGCUGAACGAGAUUGGAUUUUUUGACUGGUAUUAGUGAAUUGUGUUGAUGUUUUAACUGUUUGACAAUGAAACAAAAGUGCUGUGCAGUGUUGCUAUUUUUACAUGUUAAUUAAUAUAAAAGUGUUGCUAU